CUCUCCUCUUAUCCCCGCCCCGCUCCUCUUGUCCCACUAAAACGGUUUGAGCGCACGCAGGGACUCGUCCCCACGGCCGCGGAUGGCAACAUGGCGACAGAGUUCCACAACCUGCAGGAGCUGAGGCACAGUGCGUCUCUGGCCAACAAGGUCUUCAUCCAGAGAGACUACAGCGAAGGAACCACCUGCAAGUUUCAGACCAAGUUCCCGUCGGAGCUGGAGAGCAGGAUCGAGCGGACGCUGUUUGAGGACACUGUGAAGACUCUGAAUAACUACUACACAGAGGCGGAGAAGAUCGGAGGACAGUCGUACCUGGAGGGGUGUCUGGCCUGCGCUACAGCGUAUAUCAUCUUCCUCUGCAUGGAGACACGUUACGAGAAGGUGUUGAAGAAGAUCGCCAAGUACAUCCAGGAGCAGAAUGAGAAGAUCUACGCUCCCAGAGGUCUGCUCAUCACUGAUCCCAUAGAGAGGGGGAUGCGUGUUAUAGAGAUUUCCAUCUAUGAAGACCGGGGCUCCAGCGGCUCCAGCUCAGGGAGCAGCUCAGUGUCCGGCAGCACUGCUCGAUGACUGGCCUCGUCCUAAGCACCAUGUCCCCCUGAUCACUCACCACCGGAGAAGUCAGGACCCUGACACCACUCCUGUCCCAAUACUUAACACGUAUCAUCCCUCAGAUAUGUUCACACAAAGGAUUCACUAGCUUUUUGUCUCUCUUUGGCAAAUGACCUGACAUCACGUGCUUAAAUUGUUCCGAGCUCUUUCCACAGUGAAUGCACUUCAGUCGUUUAUUGCAAACUGACUUGCUGCAGUGUCUCGAUGGAAAAAAAAAUCUUCGCAAUACUUUGUGUGAUUGUACCAUUAACGUCCUUCCUGAUCUGUCUGGUGGGAGAUGAAAAGGAUGGACGGAAGUAAGGAAGCGAAGAGAGGAUGUGUUAGUGUUGAGACGGGAGUGACGACCACAGGCCUCAUCGAAACCUCAUACCUCAUACCUCAGCCACCGCAGCUGCACCGCACAGUCCAGAUCAGCCUCAGCGGCGCCCUGACCGACUGGGAAACUGGACUGAUCCCAUCACCGUCCACCACCACACACUUGCUUCUGAAGACAUUACCUGUCGCUCUGACUGUGUUUCUGGAUUGUGGCAAAUGUGAAAAGGAUGUGCAAGCAUUUGAGCAGGGCAUCACAACGUUUCACUGUGCAACAGAACUCUUCCUCCAUCAACUCUGCUGUAACUCAUACUGUCUGGUAGCAGAUGAAUGUCACUCAGCACAUCCAUGUACAACUGUAGCAGAUCUUCCAUAUCUCCCACAUGAAAGUAACUAGACACAAAUGCACCAAUCCAAGUGGUAACCUCUUGGGUUCAAUGAGCGAGAACGCUUCCUAAAUUUGAAUUAUGCAAAGACGUAGUGUGCAUUAUUAGAAGUGGACCAAGUAUGGGUCAGAAAGUCUUCCUGAAUCUUACCUGUAGUGUUUUGAAGUACAUCAAGCUUCCAAAGAACAAUAACUGCCAAACAGAAAAAAAUACAGACUUACAAAUGUGAA